CGACCCACGCGCAUGCGCAACCUCAACUCCUUCCUUCUCCCCACCCACUUCCUCCGCGCUCAGCCCGGGUUGGAUGAGACGCCCUGCGGACGUCAUCGAACACGUCAACCUGCCGGAAGUAGGGCACGAAGGAAGGCAAUGCUCAGGGAUGCUGCUGCGGCUUGCGGGACAGUGGCACAGCUUCAGCAGGCGAACUGGAGAGUGUUUACACCUUGCCGAGCCUGGCUGUCAAAUGAAAGCAUGUCAUUGUCUGCUUAUUGUGUAUUGUGCUGUAGAAGAAUAGGAACCUCUGGUCCACCCACCAAAAAUGACCUUCCGUGGAAAGAUCUCAGAAAAAUUGCAAAGUUAACUGGAUCACUUACUCUAGGAGGUUUUGUAUUCAUUACAUAUGAAGUCCUGGCUCUAAAGAAGUUACUGAAAAUUGAUACCCAAGCAGUACAGCAAGAGAAACUGAAAUCCUACAUUUAUGUUCAUAGAGCUUCUCUAGAUCCGAGUGAAUAUCAAGGAAUCACAUACCAGGCAAGAAAAGAACUUCAUAAAGCAGUGAGGAAAGUAUUACAAGCUGAAGCUAAAAUUCUCCGGAGACCUUUUAAUGAACACUUCAGUACAUUUGAUGCAGAAGAGCAUGAAUGUGCCUUAUGGCUGCUCCUGAAGAGAAGUCAAUCAGAGGACAAAAUGGUUAGACUGCAAGCUGUACAAGACUUGGCAAGGAACAGUCACUGGCAUGAUUAUCAGUAUAGAACAGCUGCCCAAGCCUGUGAUCAGAGGACUGCUAUUGGUUUGGCUCGGUCCCAGGAUAUUGAUCUUCGUUUUUUCUUACCUCCACCUCCCUUACCAAAAGUAAAGGAUAAUUUUUAUCCAGUCAGUUUGCUGACUGAAAAGUCACAGAAGUAUUUUGAGGAUUAUGCUAUAGAAGAUGAGCUCCGAUUGUUGCUGGUAUCUUUACCUCAGACUGAUCUUGACCAGUGUGUCCAGUACUUCACAUCUCUGGCUUUACGAGAAAGCAGUCAGACUCUUGCUGCCCAAAGGGGGGGGUUGUGGUGUUUUGGAGGAAAUGGACUUCCUUACUGUGAGACUCUGAGUAAAAUUCCUUCAGAGACUGUCGAACUCUUCUGUUUACAAGCAUUAGUUCAACAUUCAAAGGUUUCUACUCACUGUGAUAAAAUUGAAGCAAAAGGAGGCCUGCAGCUACUCCAGAGGAUAUACCAGCUCCGUAAGGAUUCUGCAAAAAUACAAAGGAACAUAAUUCGUAUAAUUGGAAAUAUGGCUUUGGAUGAACAUCUUCAUUCAUCCAUAGUGCGUGCAGGUUGGGUUUCUGUACUUGCUGAAGUAAUGAAGUCUCCUCAUGUCAUUCAGUUUUCACAUGCAGCCAGAGCUCUGGCUAAUCUGGACAGGGACACAGUGCAAGAAAAGUAUUCAGACGGAGUAUAUGUUUUACAUCCACAGUAUCGUAGCAGCCAGCCCAUUAAAGCAGACAUACUUUUUGUUCAUGGUCUUAUGGGAGCAGCAUUUAAAACCUGGAGACAGCAAGACAUAGACCCAUCAUUGGAUGAAAAGGCUUCUGAAGGAGAAGAGGAUUAUAGUGAAUGCUGGCCAAAGACAUGGCUGGCUUCAGACUGCCCUGCCCUAAGAAUUGUGUCUGUGGAGUAUGACACCCAUGUGAGUGACUGGAAAGCAAAAUGCCCUGUUGAGGCACACAGGAAAUCUAUUGCUUAUAGAAGCAAUGAGCUUAUCAAAAAACUUAGAGCUGCUGGUAUUGGAGAAAGACCUUUGGUAUGGGUGUCCCAUAGCAUGGGGGGUCUUCUAGUAAAAAAGAUGCUAGUAGAUGCUUCCAAGAACCCAGAAAUGGAUAAAAUUGUAAACAAUACCCGAGGCAUCAUAUUUUAUAGUGUACCUCAUCAUGGUUCUCGACUGGCUGAAUACUCAAUAAAUGCUAGAUAUCUUCUCUUUCCUUCUGCAGAGGUUAAGGAACUCAGUAAAGACUCUCCUGCCCUUAAAGAACUGAAUGAUGACUUUCUCUCAUUUGCCAAGGAUAAAAAGUUUCCGGUGUUGAGUUUUGCAGAAACUUUACCUACACACAUAGGGAGCAUGAUAAAACUGCAUGUGGUACCAGUGGAAUCAGCAAAUUUAGGUAUAGGAGAUCUAAUUCCAGUGGCUGUCAAUCAUCUAAACAUUUGUAAGCCAAAGAAGAAGGAUGCUUUCCUGUACCAGCGGACUUUAAAGUUCAUUCAGGAUGCACUUGCAAGGGAACUUGGAAGCUAAUUCUUUGCUGUGUGUGCACACAUAGCAAAAUCCUUUCUAUGAAACUUCUGAGAAGCUGAGAAUUGAAAGACAUUAUAUUAUUAAUAAAAUAUGAUCUCAGUGUGGCUUUCAGCAUAUCUGCAUAGGUCUGCACUACUUAUGGCUGAAAUUUAUUCAAAAUAAAUGUGCACCAAUCCACAGUCCUGUAAGUCCGGCAUUAAAAGGUGAGAAUCAGCUUUGAUUCAUUUUGCUUGUCAACAUGUCUCUAUAUAAUUUUAUAUAAUUGUUUGGCCAGCAGAGGAUGGAGAUACAUCCUUCACAGCUCACAAAAUCAUGUUGCACAGAAAUAGCUAUAAAAUACUUGAAACUUCCUCUUCCACUGUAUCUUCCCAGCUGGAGAGGUUAUGAGGGUCCUGGCUCUCUUGACUGAAAUAAGUAUACUUCCUGGAUAAAAAUCUUGUACAGAGGAUCAAAAACAGUUAACCCAGAAGAUGAUUUCUGGGUUGGCAAACAAGCAGCUAUCUUGAAGUACACAUCUUCUGUUCAUGGUUAGGUAUUUAAACAAAAUUUAGAGGGAAUAUCCCUGAUUGCUUGAUUCAGAAUAUUUUUUAAACUUUCUUUUUAAAUAAAUCCCACUUAUCAAAUAACAGAUUUAACAUUUAAAGCUGCAUCCAAUCGCCUAAAUUAUGUAAAUUAUAUGUAAAGACAGAUAUUUAUUUUCCCUCAACUGUGCUCCCUUAAGUCAAUGUCCACAGGAGCCUUGUGUUCUUCAAGAUAGUAUUUUGAUUGAUAACCAGUUACAGUUUGGUUGUUCUACUUGCCUUUUUGUUUCAUGGACUGAGAAGUGUUAGCAAGUCCAGUACUUUGUUUCCUGCCUGAGGAGGAGAUAUCAUCACCUAAUAUGAUCUCUGGCAUGGUAUCCUGUGGAAAGGAGACAAUGGCAGUUUAAUCUAGUUUUGAAAAAAAAAAGUCUUGCACAGUUCUAUUUUAAUCGUAUCCGCUCUUGAACUUCUAGAUAAUAGAAAAAUUGACCUAACGUGAGACUGUUUGUUUUAUUUCAGCAUAGUUUGUGUUGGCUAGGUCAAGGGGAGGGCUUUUGCUCUUUCAAAUAGAAGAUCUAGGAUAGGCGAUGCACAUGUUAACUUCUGGCUGCUUAAUUUAGGGACACUGAGAAGGCAGUGUACUUUAAUCCCUGGAGGCAUUGGCUCAGAUGUUCAGUAGGGAGCUUUUUAGCUGAUUUAAAGAAUAGUGCUGGAAAAGCUCUAUUGGAGCAAGACAUUUAUGCAGUCCUUGACAAGAUGGUAGCUAUGACAGGAGACUGUGGAAGAGGGCGAGCAUAUCAAUAAGGCAGGAAAAAAUAAGAACAUUCCCAGAGCUCUUAUCAGAAACACUGAGGACUUCAAAGCAAAAUAUUUUGCACUUACAGAGGCCUGUGUGAAGUUAUUUACUUCAUGUAGAAAACCAGCAGCAUUGUCUUGUAUAAAUUGUGUGGACUGUUUUUGCCCUGAGUGUUUUGGAUCCAUGUCAUGAUGACACAGUUAAUGUCACUGAUGAGAAAUAAAUGUAAUUUAGAACAAGACUGCCAGUAUUCAGCCACCUAUCUUCAAGCCGUAAAAGAAUCCAAACAAAAUUAAGAGCAGCCUGGCUACGGCCUUGAUUUAACAAAGCCGUAUUGAAGUUUGCUGCUGCAGAUCUUCCGCUAACCCUUCUGAUCUUCAGCCUCUCCCAAACCAAGUAGGCUCUCUCUCCAGUAGGCUGGAGGCUUCUAGGCAGCCCUUUGCUAAUGGGAUCCUUGGCUGAUGUUGAUAGGGGGACCACCAGAGACUGUUUAGGGAAUCACUUAAUAUCUCUCUUUUGUGGGACGAAUCUGCCAGAUCAUACAGUUAUGUGGUAAAAAGCCACACAAUCAAAACAAGUUGAAAUGUACCUCAGAAGUCUCAUGGGAGCUUAGCAUAAAAAUGGUGUCUGCUGAAAACACCUUUGACAUUCCCAUAUUAGAACAUCCUGAUCUAGGAGGACACAGUGCUGGGAAGAGCAGCUUCUGAAGCUUAGCCUCAGCCAGCCAGACUUGCACUGUCAGAUUCAGGAUCCAGAGAAGCACAGAAGGCCUGGCACCAUUUUUGACCUAAAGCCCCAUGUGUUUUCAGGGGCAUCAUUUCAGACUGAAACAGGCCCAAAACAAUGUUUAAAGAAACAUAUUCUGUUGAUGCUGUCUCUUAAACUUCAUAAUGUAAAUACAAUAGAGUCCUUAUUUGUUAAGAACAGACCUGGGCCAUAUGGAAUUAGUUUGGAUACCCAGGGUUUGGACAGACUUGAGAACUGAACAUCGUAAAACAUGUGGAGCGUGACAUUACCCAUUUUUGAGAAGUAAACUUUUAGCUAAGAGGGAUUCGGAUCAAUGAAAUUCUGUGGUAAUGCUUUGUACAGUAAAUCCUUUUGUAUUGGCUAUUGUAACUGGAAUUCUUGAAGAACUCUCAUUUUUCUAUAACUGCUGAAUGAAUAAAUAUGUAACCUUUUAACUUAAUAAUAGGCUUGAGUUAUUCAGUAAUGUUGUAUUUGGGAGAUGGUAAUGACAUUUUUUUUUUUUUUAAAGAAAGUAAUUUACUAUAUAUAUAGUGAAAAUACAUAUUAAAUAAAUUGCA